UCUACAGGGAGGCGGGGGACGUCUGAGACGCCGCUGCACACUCGGCGCGUCUGACGCCCGGUUAAGUAGGGAGGCUGUCUCCUCUCAUGUCCACAUUGGACGACCCCGGCGAGAAAAGGAGUCACCUCUUUCACAGCGUCAUGCACUAAAGUUGUGUUGUUGUUGUUUUUUUUGGUGGGGUGCCGUUCCGUAGCCGUAUACCCUUGCUGACUUUGGGGAAGAGGCGUUUUAUUUUUAACGUGUUUUUUUGCGAUGCCAGUGACCCUUGAACUUGCGGGACUUUCAUCAUCAGGUGCGAUUGGUCGCCUCGCAUCUCGGCCCACCGGUAGAGGUGUUUGAAAACAGAUUUCCUCCCGUGUAACAAGGAGGAGGAGGAGGAGAAGGAGGAGGACGGGGGGGGGGUCUGCCACUGCGCGUGAUGUCCGAGUUCGGCGUGAAUCUUUCCGUCCACCGAACGGAUACGUAAUGCGAGGACCGGGUCUCGGCAUCGCCAAGGACGCCGCGUGAAGGAUUACGGUGAACCCCCGAAGCGCAGAAGCCAGUCAAGCCUCUUCAGCAAAUCCGCAAGUGUGCGCGAUGGAGCCAUCGGUGCCGCUACUUCUCCUUGUUGUUCUGGGCUGGGUGGAGGGCUCCUCUCUGCACUACUCUGACGGCAGGUCCAACCAUCUGACCUUGGAGAAGCCCUUCGGCCGCUCCGCCAAAGGCUCCCAGUGCCAGCACAUGCUCAAGCACCUUCACAACGGGGCCCGCAUCACCGUGCAGAUGCCGCCCAACAUCGAGGGCCACUGGGUGUCCACCAGCUGUGAGGUGAGACCAGGCCCGGAGUUCCUCACCCGCUCCUACCUCUUCUACUCCAACAACACCUUCAUGGCUCACCAGUUCUACUACGAGGACAACCACUGCACCACCCCCAUCUACACCCUGGUGGUGCGGGGCCGCCUGCGCCUCCGCCAGGCCUCCUGGAUCAUCCGCGGCGGCACCGAGGCCGACUACCAGCUGCACCGCACCCAGGUGGUGUGCCACACGGCCACCGUGGCCAAGGAGCUCAGCCAGAGGCUCAACCGCAGCUGCCGCGGGGCCGUGAAGGGCAAGGAGCCUUGGGAGCCCAACGUCGUCUACGAGCUGUGGAGCGAGGAGGGCGGGUGCGACUGCUCGCGGGAGCUCAACUUCGCCAUGCACGAGCUACAGCUGCUGAGGGUGGAGAAGCAGUACCUCCAUCACAACCUGGAUCACCUGGUGGAGGAGCUGUUCCUGGGGGACAUCCACACGGAGUUUGCCCAGAGGAUGUACUACCGGCCGUCCAGCUACCAGGCGGCCCUGCAAAGCGCCAAGAACCACGACCACGGCUGCAUCGCCUGUCGCAUCAUUUCCCGCUCCGACGAAUUCCACCCGCCCAUCCUGCCGCCGCGGGCCGACCUGACCGUGGGCCUGUACGGCCAGUGGGUCAGCCAGCGCUGCGAGGUUCGCCCCGAGGUCCUCUUCCUCACCCGCCACUUCAUCUUCCACGACAACAACCGCACCUGGGAGGGCUACUACUACCACUACUCCGACCCCAUCUGCAAACACCCCACCUUCACCAUCUACGCCCGCGGCCGCUACAGCCGGGGCCUCCACUCCACCCGCGUCAUGGGCGGGACCGAGUUUGUCUUUAAAGUGAACCACAUGAGAGUGAAGCCGGUGGACCUCGCCACCACCUCCCUCCUCAACGUCUUCAACGGGAACGAGUGCGGGGCGGAGGGCUCCUGGCAGGUCGGCGUGGAGCAGGACGUGACCCUGACCAACGGCUGUGUGGCCCUGGGCAUCCGGCUGCCCCACACCGAGUACGAGCUCUUCCGCCUGGAGCAAGACGCGCACGGCCGCUACCUGCUCUACAACGGCCAGCGUCCCAGCGACGGCUCCAGCCCCGACCGGCCGGAGAAGAGGGCCACCUCCUACCAGAUGCCGCUGGUGCAGUGCUCGGCGAGCAGCCAGCGGUCCGACCACGGCCCGGGGGACGACGCCGACGGCCCCCUGCGGCUCAGGAAUGACUGUACAGGCUGGCACAGGGGAGGCCAGAGAGCCGUUGCGUGGGUUUUCGCCCUGGCGGUCUCGCCUCUGCUUGUCUGGUGGCAUUAGCUGAGGAAAAAAACCCCAAAAAGAAGUUCUGGCUUUCUUGUACAUAGGGACAAAAUGGGAGGAGAGUGUGGACUGCAAAGAGGAAAACUGCUUGUUAAACGUGCACACUCUCAAACCUUCGUUUCUUGCUCUGUCCAAUGCCAGCAAAUGUGUGUGUGUGUGUGUGUCUGUGCGUCAGCGUUUGAGUGUGUGUGUGCGGGGGGGGGGGGGGGCAAUAUGGUGGGAAGUAGCCGCACUGACGCUUGUUUUCUGAACUCCUGCCUGGCUGCCAAAGAUCUGACACUGCUGCACCACAGCAACUGCACUUUACAGUGGAUUCGGAGUCUGACGCGUCUUCUGUUUCCGCAGGUACGCCAAGCUUUACACAGCCACACCGGCCCGAGAACACGCGCUACGCGGCGCGCUUUAGCCACCGAUACCAUGCCGUCUCUCGGUACUCUCCAGCAGACGAGAUUGUGAUACGUGGAAUGGGUUUUCCACUGUGAACCGUGACAAAGAGCUCCCUUUUCGCGUUAGGAGAAAUGCUUUGCAGGGCAUCAAGACCUGGGGUGGAUCGCAGUAUGCAGUUAUCGCAGUAGAUAUGUGUUGAAUAUAGCCUCACUGUACGCCUUCACACAGUAUAAGCAUCACCAGCAGCACUUCUGUUAACUACGUGUCAUCUAUUUCACAAAAAGAAUAUAUUACUGUGUAGUUCUACGGGGGGGGGGGGGGGACAUCCAAGAGAAGGACAAUGGCCGCUUUGCAUUGUGCAGACAGACUCAAAAAUGAACUCUCUCGUUGGCGGCUGACUGCUGGAAGUUCUCCACAGCGCAAGUAGCUAUGGCACUGUACCAGUAUUGAGUCUACGGUGGGGGAUAAACAGAAUAUCGAGCGGUCGUUGCUUGCGUUUUAUAAUUACCAAUGACGUUUGGAAACUGGGCCAAUACCAGAUAUGUUUUGGGGGGGGGGGGGCGGGCAGGCCUUUACCAGCACGGUUCACGCGUACCAGGAGUGAGCCAAACCAUGCACGAAAACAGGACAGAGAAAUAUGACAGCACAACCACAGCGGAAAAACCAACAUAAGUGACGUUGGAAUUCCUUCCAGACGUUAUAUCUCCACGGACCGUAUGGAGCAGAUUUUUUUUACUCAGUGUACCCGAUCCAGAGAUCCUCUCCAUAAACUGGACACAUGUAUAAAGAUUAAAUGUUUGACACCGUU